GGGGAUUGGAACACCUGAAUCACAUGAUAUGGAGGGGAUUGGAACACCUGAAUCACAUGAUAUGGAGGGGAUUGGGACACCUGAAUCACAUGAUUGGGAGGGGAUUGGGACACCUGAAUCACAUGAUACGGAGGGGAUUUGGAACACCUGAAUCACAUGAUAUGGAGGGGUUUAGGACACCUGAAUCACAUGAUAUGGAGGGGAUUGGAACACCUGAAUCACAUGAUAUGGAGGGGAUUGGAACACCUGAAUCACAUGAUAUGGAGGGGAUUAGAACACCUGAAUCACAUGAUAUGGAGGGGAUUGAAACACCUGAAUCACAUGAUAUGGAAGGGAUUGGAACACCUGAAUCACAUGAUAUGGAAGGGAUUGGAACACCUGAAUCACAUGAUAUGGAA